GGAAGCCGCUGUAAAAUGUCGUGAGGGACGCCGCUGCUUUACGGCUGCCUCUCCCAGACGCGAGCCCCGGAGCGCCCACCGCCGUCAGCCGUGUCUCUAAGCGAGUCGGCUCUGCCGAGAUCAAGGGAUCCGGCGCGCCGCUGUAGUCUCCGCUGCGCCUGUUCCGGUCCCUGGCGAUGUGAGCUCGUGGAGGCAGCGGUGCCCCCUGGCCCGGGGUUGAGACGGGCGGCAGGUGCCUGUGAAGCGGGCGGGUGCCGGGGGCCAGCAGGAUGGAGGAAAGCAUGGAAGAAGAGGAGGGGGGCAGCUACGAGGCGAUGAUGGACGACCAGAACCACAACAACUGGGAGGCCACCGUGGACGGCUUCCGGCAGCCCCCACCACCUCCGCCGCCCCCCUCGUCGAUCGCAGCCACUGCCCGAGAGCCUCCGGGGGGGCAGCUGCUGGCGGUGCCCGCGGUCUCCGUGGACAAGAAGGGCCCCAAGGAAGGGUUCCCGAUGGGGCCGCCGCCACCGCCGGAGGCCAAUGGGGUGAUCAUGAUGUUGAAGAGCUGCGACGCGGCCGCAGCUGUGGCCAAAGCGGCCCCCGCCCCCACCGCCAGCUCCACCAUCAACAUCAACACCUCCACCUCCAAGUUCUUAAUGAAUGUUAUAACUAUUGAAGAUUAUAAGAGCACAUACUGGCCAAAAUUGGACGGUGCCAUAGAUCAACUUUUAACCCAGAGUCCUGGUGACUAUAUCCCCAUAUCCUAUGAACAGAUAUACAGAGUGCAGGCCAGCCCUCCAGAUCUCUAUAUUGAAAGAUUUAAUAUAGCUCUUGGACAAUAUAUGGGAGCAUUGCAGAGCAUUGUGCCUCUUUUCAUAUAUAUGGAAUCUUUACUUCUAGAAGCCCAGUCAACACCAUUUCAGGUCACACCUUCAACUAUGGCAAAUAUUGUGAAAGGCCUGUAUACUCUCAGACCAGAGUGGGUUCAGAUGGCUCCAACUUUAUUUUCUAAAUUUAUUCCAAACAUUCUCCCUCCGGCUGUGGAAUCUGAACUUUCUGAAUAUGCUGCUCAAGAUCAGAAACUUCAAAGAGAACUUAUACAGAAUGGUUUUACAAGAGGUGACCAGUCCCGGAAGAGAGCUGGGGACGAGUUGGCUUACAACAGCUCAUCAGCAUGUGCAAGUUCCAGAGGGUACAGAUAGUGAAUGUAGUGAAAGUACUUUCCUUUCUGAAAAGAGGACACACUGGAGCUGCAGAGACUGUAUUCAGAGCACAGCGGGGGCUGCAGACACUCAGGAGCUCUGUCACAAAGCUGUUCUUGGAGGAGGAUGUUGGACUUCUUACUUUGGUUUGUAAUUUUAAAAAACAAAAAACUAACAAAAAAAAAAAAACAUAAAAACAGUUGCUGCUAGACUUGGGGGUGAUUUUGAAAUGGGACAAUCUUUUAAUGAGUUUAUGUAUAGAUUCUGUGACGAACAAGCAUCUUGGAAAGUGACCAUUGCUAAGUGAAAUUCAACAGCCAAAAUCAGCAGCUUCCUCCAAAAAUAUAAAAGCAGAAGAACCUUUUUUUUUU